AUGAAGAUUCUGGGUCCUCUCCCAGUGCGGAGGGCCUGGAGGGUCAGGCACGGUCGGGCAUCACCGGAUAUCUCACAGACGCCUGUGUUGGAAGCCAUUAUGCUUCAUGAGCGAGGAGACCUGCAAGGCUCUGCGGAUCAAUGCUCCAAAUGCCGAAGGGGAGACGGGAUCUCACCAGAGUGCGUCAAAAUGCCGGGCAUCUACAACGGUGCGUGCAGCAAUUGUCUGCUGGCACGCACAUCAGAUCGGCCAGGAUCAUCGUCGAGGCCGGUACGGAGCUAUUCCGCCGAACGACGGUCCAUCUCUGCGACGAUAUCACCAUCCAUACCAAAGGAGGAUCUGAUUGCUGUGUGGAACCUCAUUGCGGGCGUAAUCGCAACGCAACCCCAAGAAUGUUUCACUGAGGACGGAUCAGAGCCACCGGGGAAGAAAAUCGAAGACGCCGCUCGAUUAGUGGCGAGGUCGGCAGACGAAUGGGGUCAUACGAUUAAGGAGGAAGAAUCAGACCCUGGGAAGACACCCAAAACGCCUUCGGAGAGAAGCAGGCUUGUCAGGCAAGCUACCAGAAUCCGAGAGACAGCGUUGCAGAUUGCGAAUUGUGCGAGAAUCUGGGGCGAAAAGUUGGAGAGGAAGAAGUCUUCUUCACAACUACGGUGA